AUAAUUUACGAACUUCCAUGUCGUACUAUAAAGGUUAGGACCAUUUGUUACAUUUAGCAUAGUAGCCCUUCAACAACCAUCAAUAUGUCUCUGACCUUUAGGCCCGUACAACAGGAUGAAUUGAAGGAUAUUUGCAAACAAUUCACUUCCAGUAUAUCUGCUGAAUUUGAUGACAACACAUUUAUUUGUGAUUUGGAAGAAAGUGAUCUUUUUGCGGAAGAAGGAACAUCUCAAGUGUUCACAUUUCAGAAAAACGUGCUUUUACUCCCGAUCGACGUUCCUGACGGAGUUGAACUUCGUAUUUUAGAAGAAAAUGUAUCUAUUCCCUUGGAAUCUUUCCAGUCAGUCCCUGUUGCUGCCAAUGAGCAUUGCUUUUUGUCUUGGGAGAAAGUACCAUUAAGACAAAGGAUUAAGACAUUGACAAAAGCUCAGAUGAAUGAGAAUCAAGAUGAUGAAGCCAAAUGGACUGGAUUAUUCAUAAAGUUUGGCAUCAACUCAACUAAUGCCGAUGAUGACUUCAAAGCGGCCACUUCAGAGAUCAAUUUUGAUGUACCAGUGGGACAGAAAUUGGUGAUCCCUUGAUUUUCAUAUGCUUUCUAACUUUGAUUUGAUUCCUUUAUCUGGUUCCUUUAACACGUAAAGCGAUUAUGCUUGUCUCUGAAAGGCGAUUGAUAAAUUAAACCUUCCCUUGUUUUCUCGCAGGAACUUCAAACAAGCAAUUUGAUUAUCUAUUGGUAAGAGCAACCCUUGCUAGUUUAACUUUUGGAUGUAAUACAAUUAUUAUGACUAUACAAGAGAAUGUUUUCAAGGGUGUAACUUGUAUCCCUCUCAGAUGAGUUGCAUUCAUUUAAUGGAACCGAUUCUUUACGAUUUUCACAUAGAGAUGAUUCUCAUGACACAUUAUUUGAAUAUAUUUUCUCCUGUUAAAUAACCAACAUUUGUAUCUUUUGGUUGGCAGAGCUAUUUUGAGCGACAGUAAAAAAAAAGGAAACUAUGACCCUUAGAAAUCUAACUAUUAAAGUAAUAUUAAAAGAAAUAUAGAAAGAAAUGCUAGAAUUUAGGAUUAAAUUAAGUAUUAAGUUUUAGAGCUGGACUGAACGCAGUUUAUUUUUCACGAAUAUUUGAAGCUUUAAAGAUCAAACAAAUUAAUUUAAUAAAUGUAUUUUCUA